AGCCGCGCGUUUCUCUCAUCCGUGUCUGUCCCCUCCGUCGCCACACAAAUUCAGCUGCUCGCUCAUCGUCUCGGGAAUUCGUGUCAACAACCGCCCUCUCGUCAACGCCGGCGAGAGAAGGAUAACUUCUUCAUCUGCGUUCUUCUCAAGUUCAGAAUGGGUAAAGAAAAGGUUCACAUCAACAUUGUGGUCAUUGGCCAUGUCGACUCUGGGAAGUCAACCACCACCGGCCACUUGAUCUACAAGCUUGGAGGUAUUGACAAGCGUGUGAUCGAGAGGUUCGAGAAGGAAGCUGCUGAGAUGAACAAGAGAUCAUUCAAGUAUGCCUGGGUGCUUGACAAGCUGAAGGCCGAGCGUGAGCGUGGUAUCACCAUUGAUAUUGCCCUGUGGAAGUUCGAGACAACCAAGUACUACUGCACAGUCAUUGAUGCCCCUGGACAUCGUGAUUUCAUCAAGAACAUGAUUACUGGUACCUCCCAGGCUGAUUGUGCUGUCCUCAUCAUUGACUCUACCACUGGUGGUUUUGAGGCUGGUAUUUCCAAGGAUGGUCAGACCCGUGAGCAUGCUCUCCUUGCUUUCACCCUUGGUGUCAAGCAGAUGAUCUGCUGCUGUAACAAGAUGGAUGCCACCACCCCCAAGUACUCCAAGGCUAGGUAUGAUGAAAUUGUGAAGGAAGUUUCAUCCUACUUGAAGAAGGUUGGUUACAACCCAGACAAGGUCCCGUUCGUUCCCAUCUCUGGGUUUGAGGGCGACAACAUGAUUGAGAGGUCUACGAACCUCGACUGGUACAAGGGCCCAACCCUUCUUGACGCUCUUGACAACAUCAACGAGCCCAAGAGGCCAUCCGACAAGCCACUCCGUCUCCCACUCCAGGACGUGUACAAGAUUGGUGGUAUUGGAACUGUGCCAGUGGGUCGUGUGGAAACAGGUGUCAUCAAGCCUGGUAUGGUUGUUACCUUUGGUCCCACUGGACUGACAACUGAGGUGAAGUCGGUUGAGAUGCACCAUGAAGCUCUCCAGGAGGCUCUCCCUGGUGACAAUGUUGGGUUCAACGUGAAGAAUGUUGCUGUCAAGGAUCUCAAGCGUGGGUUUGUUGCCUCGAACUCCAAGGAUGACCCUGCAAAGGAGGCUGCUAACUUCACCUCCCAGGUCAUCAUCAUGAACCACCCUGGCCAGAUUGGGAAUGGUUAUGCCCCAGUGCUUGACUGCCACACUUCCCAUAUUGCUGUGAAGUUCUCUGAGAUCACAACCAAGAUUGACAGGCGAUCUGGCAAGGAGAUUGAGAAGGAGCCUAAGUUCUUGAAGAAUGGUGAUGCUGGGUUCGUGAAGAUGAUUCCGACCAAGCCCAUGGUGGUGGAGACCUUCUCCGAGUACCCACCUCUCGGUAGAUUUGCCGUGAGGGACAUGAGGCAGACUGUUGCCGUGGGUGUGAUCAAGGCAGUGGAGAAGAAGGAUCCUACUGGUGCGAAGGUCACCAAGGCUGCCGCCAAGAAGAAGUGAGGCAGGGUUUUAUCUACUUUUGUCAAAGUGGACAUUGUCGUUGGGUGUUUCUGCUGGGUGCCCUUUGUUAGAAUUUAUUCUGGGAACAUGGUGUGGCUGUAGUAGGAUGUAGUGGCUGUUUGUUUAGUAAUGUUUUUCAAUUUCCCUGUCAGAGGUGCUCUCUCGAUCUGCCCCUGAGAGCGAGUGGCUCUAACAGUUUUGCCCUUUUUUUGCAACGAAUAGUUCAUAUCCGGGCUAGAAAUUUUCGUGUUUUGAAAAUCUCCCGUGCGUAUCAGUACGACCUUUAAGUUACUUUGGUUGCAUUGUCAUACUCAUACAUCGUAACUGCCUAACUGGCAAUGCUUUCUUUA